AAUGCGAUUGACUAUGACAACAAAUGACAACAGAAUAACUUUUAUUACCUAUACAAUAAGGUUGCUGUUACUCCUUCUCCGAUACAGCAACAAGUAAGUGACUAACACUGCUACAAUUGCCUAGCCUACCACCGAUGGAUAUACCACAAAUCCCAAAAAUGAAUUUCCCUGCUAAUUACACAAUAGUAAAUCCAUUUAGUGUGAAACCAAACAGUAAUUGUGCAUAAAUACUCACAUUGCAACAAUAAAACUGCUACUAUCAUCCCAUUGUCAACAUACCCACCAUCACCAUCACCAUCACCACCGUUACCACCAUCGCCAUCACCACCACCAACAACAUUAACAUCAACAACAAUAGCGAGGAAACGAAAGCAAAAAGCAAAAACAACAGUAAAUAAGAGUUGCCACAAGUUUAUUAUUAAAUAUGACACCUAUGGUUACAACAAUAAAAGCAGCACCGUCAGUAUUACCGCUCGAAACAGUAACAGUAACAGCAGCCACGGCAGCAACAACAAAAACUACGACUACAACAAUAAAUUUAAUAACAACAAUGAGCACAAAUGCUGCCACCACAUUCUACGCUUCCAGCAUAACAGCACCACCACCAGCGCCGUCAACUGCACAGCAUCAUCCGCUACAACAACACAAUCAAUUUAUGCUCAUUAAUGAGGAGGCUAAAGCAACAAAAUAUUUAAAUUUCGUUGUCGAUAGCUUAAUGGAUGCGAGUGGUACGCCAAUUGGUGGUGUGGGUGGAAUUAGUGGGGGCAUUAGUAGCAACCUCGAAGGCAGCGGUGGUAGCGGUUUGAGCGUUGGUACAUUGGGCAGCAGUCAAUCAGUUCCUAUGGAUGCGCUGAAUGAUUCACACUUAACAUUUGUCAUUGUCAAAUGUUUCAUUAUUGGUUUCAUCAUACUCGCCGCCAUACUCGGUAAUAUGCUUGUGAUUGUGUCGGUUAUGCAGCAUAGAAAAUUGCGCAUCAUCACAAAUUACUUUGUUGUCUCAUUGGCCGUUGCUGAUAUGUUGGUAGCAUUGUGUGCGAUGACAUUCAAUGCUUCCGUUGAAAUAUCUGGAAAAUGGAUGUUUGGUACGGUGAUGUGCGAUAUGUGGAACAGCUUCGAUGUGUAUUUCUCUACGGCAAGCAUAAUGCAUUUGUGUUGCAUAUCGGUUGAUAGAUACUAUGCCAUCGUACAACCUUUGGACUAUCCUUUAAUAAUGACGCACAGGCGGGUCUUCUUCAUGCUGCUGAUGGUAUGGCUGUCGCCAGCACUACUCUCCUUUCUGCCAAUUUGCUCCGGUUGGUAUACGACAACCGAGAAUUGGAGAUAUCUAAAAUCGAAUCCACAUGUCUGUGAAUUUAAAGUGAACAAAGCCUACGCCAUUGUCAGUUCGUCCAUGAGUUUCUGGAUUCCAGGCAUUGUCAUGCUAUCCAUGUAUUAUCGCAUUUAUCUUGAGGCGGACAGACAGGAACGCUUAGUGUACAGGUCGAAAGUUGCUGCUUUAUUGCUAGACAAGCAUUUACAGAUAAGCCAAAUACCCAAACCACGUCCAAGUAUACAAGUCGAACAGUCGACCAUCUCAACCAUGAGACGGGAACGUAAAGCCGCACGUACCCUAGGCAUAAUAAUGAGCGCGUUUUUGCUCUGUUGGCUGCCAUUUUUCUUGUGGUACAUCACUUCCACCCUCUGCGAUACUUGCACAACGCCACGCAUCGUCGUCGGAAUUCUCUUCUGGAUUGGAUACUUUAAUUCGGCUUUAAAUCCCAUAAUUUAUGCCUACUUCAAUAGGGAUUUUCGAGCCGCUUUCAAAAAAACAUUAAAGUCUUGUUGUCCUUAUGCUUUGUUACACUGUCGCGUUAGCGGAGCAGCUGAUUUACCGCCAUAUGUGAACUCAACAGCUUCCUCCGAAAUCCAUAUGAACAUCCUCAGAAGUCGUCAAUAUGCAACUUCCUCCUCCAAUCAAUUGCAAACUUUGUAUCAAAACUGAAACGGUACGAGUACAAGUACAAGUACACACAGUCACAUGCGCUUAAAUAUCAGAUAUAUAUGAAAAACAAAAAAUAAAUAAAAAAAUAAUAAGCA